GCUCUUUGACACUAGUGGAAAGCCUGCGGACGAUAACAUUGCAAUUGUGCGGUCCCAGGAUAGCGGAACGGGACCUGACAGGCAGGGAAAAGACGUUGGAACCUUGAGAUUUACGCUGAACGAUCUGGACGUGCUCUAGACUCCUGACGCUUGAGGCGAGCUUAACUACACUACACGAACGCUGAGACGAGGGGGAUAUGUCAGAGCGGCCGCGCCUCAACCUUAAACCGCGUGACGAGAAUGCUGCUCACGCGCUCGAUGCCGCGCGCGCGGCCAAGUCUGCAAACAACCCUUUCGGCGCCGCUAAGCCCCGUGAGCAAGUGAUUGCAGAGCGCCUUGGCAAGACCGAGGAGGAGGUGCUCAAGGAAGCUGUGCGCAAGGAGCGGCCCAAGCUGCGCCUCAAUGCUGAGCAGCUGGAGCAGCGCCGUGCGGCUGAGGCCCGCAUUGAGGAGGUGCGCGUGCAGCUGGCAGAGGCGGAGGCGGGCACCGACUGCUCACAGCUGGAGCAGGAGCUGGGUACCCGUGAGGCCGAGCUGGAGGCGCUGCUGGACCGCUUCGAGGCGCUGGCACUGGAGGCGGCGCAGCGGGGCGAGGUCGCGCGGCCCAGUGAGCGCCGCCAGCAGCAGCAGCAGCAAAUGGAGGUCAGCACUGAGGGCGCCCACCGCGCUGGCGGCCGAGGACCAUACGGCGGUGCCGACCGUGCUGGAUACGCUGGUGGUGGUGGCGAGCGCGGUGGCAGUGGCAGCGGUGGUGCUAGCGCUGGUGCUGGUGGUGACCGCGGCGAGCGCAGCUUUUACGAGCGCCCUCGUGGCGAGUACAGUCGUGAGGGUGGUGGCGGCCGCGGUGGUCAUGGAGGCGAGCCGCGCGAGUAUGACCGCUCGCGCAGUGACUACAGCAGGGAGGGCGGAGGCCGGUCCGGCUAUGUUGCCCGGGGAGCAGGCGGCCGCACUGGCUAUGACCGCGGCGGCGAGGGCGGCGGCGGCGGCACUUACGAACGGGGCCCCCGUGGUGAGGCCACCGGUGGCUCCUACGAGCGCCAGGAGCGCAGCUACGACCGGGGUGGCCGAGGAGGCAGCGGCGGUGCCUUCGACAGGAGUGGCGACGCUGAUGGAGUUCGCUCUGGUGGCGACUGGAAUGCUGGCGGCGACCGCGCCGGCCACAGCCGUGGUGGCAACCGUGGUGGCUAUGAUCGCGGUGGCCGAGCCGGUGGUGGCGGUGAUCGUGGGUUUGAUGAUGCCCCUCAUCGGGCUGCCGCCAGUGGUGACAACGCCCCUCGCGGUGGCUACAGCAGCCGCGGUGGUUACAGUGACCGUGGCAAUGGUGGCGGCUAUGAACGCCGCGGCUAUGGUGGCGGCCGUGGCGGCCGCGGGGGCGGCUUUGACCCCACCUUGGAGGACCUCACCAGCCCUGACUACGUUUCCCCAUACGCAGGUCAACAGGACCGGUACUAGGCGAGUUGUCCAACGUGCACUGCUCGUGUUUUCACACAUCGGGGCAAGCAGAAACAAGAGCAAUGGCAAGCAAGUGAGAGCGACAGGCGGUUAUCUGUGCAUUUGUCAGUAGCGAUACUUCCUGUGAACCAAACCUUUUACAAAGCUUUUCAAUUUGUCAAUGGUACUUGGUGGGUGCCGGACAGUCCUGAGCCGGAGUUGCUACUUAGGAUUGCGCUUGACUGUGCGCAGUGGGUGAUUACGAUGUCCUGGACAUGGCGGAGGCUUGUGGGCUGUCCCUGUACCUCAUCACUGUAGGAUGCAGUGAAGCCGCGGGUCCACCUGUGAGCCACGGACGUGUAAUAGCUAAUCUGAGCAGAGAAUGGGCCAGGCGACAUACCAAAGUACAAGAGAGGCAGGCAGGCAAGAAGGCGGCAGCUGCAGCAGUGAAACAUGUUUACCUGCGGCGACUGGUCAGGGCAAGAGAAGCAAGUAUAUAUAGACAACAAGGGAUGAUCCUCCCCUGACAUGGAAUGAUGUAGCCCCGUGCUCACCUCUCUGUCGUGUGGUGUAUGGACAGCGUGCUCCGGCAGCCUUGUUAGACGUGAAAUCAUGAGCACCAGCGCUUGAGAGCCCCGCCGUGUCAGUACGCAUGUGUCUAAUGUGGGGACAAGUGCCGACAUGACCACGCCGGGACGCGCCAGUUGGCCCUCCCACGCUUUAUUUGUGCUUAUUACGUCAUAACAUGCACAUAUGCAGAUCUAAGCCCCAUGGUGCUGCGUUUGCUCCUAGUUCUGCUUGUGGGGCGCUUCCCGACAGGGCUCAUCCAGACAUUAAUCGGCCAUUUUGGUUUUCAUGUCUGGGGCGAGAUUUUGUUGGCCCAGGUGUGGGGCCGGUUUUAUCUGAAUUCCUAUGGAAGAGCUCCUAAACCACCAUGUGCCCAGACAUAAGACGGCGGCUACCCGGCCGUUUUUGUCUGGAGCUAGACAUCACCCCGAAAACAAGAUACGACCCCUGCGCCGCGGGUAAUGUGUUCCGCUGCUGCGACUAGUUUGGGCUCGGGGCUGGGCCUGCCUCGCCCGGCCGGACGGGGUGCGGGAUGUUGGUGGUGCCGGGCCGGGUUGGUGGCGGUCUAUUCCGGAGGCUGGCCUUUCGGCCGGCGGGCUGCGUGUACGUGCGUGUCUGUGUGUUUGUCUAAGCUAGACAUCGCCCUGAAAACAAGAUACGA